AUGACACACGCAUGCUUCCCAUCUUCUCGGGCCCUCCCCUUAAAGACAGGCUACUACCCUACUCGCCUUCUCCAAACCCGUGUGACGACCACGCUGAUCGUCACCUCUUCAUCAUCAUCCUCUUCAUUGCCACAGCAGCUGCUUCUCCGGUGCUCAUCACCGCCAGUUGUCAACCCUCCCUUCGACGGGCCGCAGCGAUCGUCGGAGUGGUUCGCCCUCCGCCGGGACAAGCUGACAACAAGCACCUUCAGCACCGCCCUGGGCUUCUGGAAGGGGAACCGCCGGUCGGAGCUGUGGCACCAGAAGGUCUUCUCCCCCGACGCUGACACCAUCUCCAGCACCGGGCGGGCGGCCAUGGAGUGGGGUGUCGACAAUGAGGCGGCUGCAAUUGAGCGCUACCGCAGCAUCACCGGACGUGAGGUGGGCACCCUCGGCUUUGCCAUGCACGCCGAUGCGAGCUUCGCCUGGAUGGGCGCCUCUCCGGACGGAGUCCUCGGCAGGCAGCCGGAAGGAGGGAUCUUGGAGGUGAAGUGCCCAUUCAACAAGGGGCGCCCGGAGCUGGGGCUGCCAUGGCGCGCGGUACCGUACUACUACAUGCCACAGGUUCAGGGCCAGAUGGAGAUCAUGGACAGAGACUGGGUGGAUCUCUACUGCUGGACGCCCAAUGGGAGCAGCCUUUUCAGGGUGUUCAGGGAGAAGGAGUACUGGGAGCUUAUGCACGCCGUACUGAGGGAAUUCUGGUGGGAGAAUGUGCUCCCGGCAAGGGAAGCCCUUGCCGCCGGCAGAGAGGCCGCCGCCCGUGCACUCGAGCCAGAGCCCGGCCACGAGCUCACCGGGCUUGUAGUCGCCAGGAGCCAGAAGCUCGCCGCUGCCGCCAGGCUUCUCUGCAAGGAGGUAGCUGGCCACGUCGAGUUCUUCGGAUGA